CUUAUUGCAUAGUAUUUUCAAAAUAUUAAUAGGAAAUUUUUACUGUGAUAGGAGAAUAUGGGGCAGUGGAAUUUGUCUGAAGUAACUUGAAUCCACUAAGUCCUUCAUCAACAAAAAAGGAAAUGCAUGAGUAUUGGUGUUUUGCUCAACUACUUCUCUUGAAUAGCUGUGGUUAGUGCUUACUGUUUGAUACCCUGUAAAGGUAUUAUCUGUAAUGUAUACGUGGAGAAAACGAUUAUUUCCUCAAUGACCACAAAGUGCCACCUGUCAACCAGAUCAGUUUUGUUUGUUUUUUCUGAGACGGAGUUUUGCUCUUGUUGCCCAAGCUGGAGUGCAGUGGCACAAUCUCAGCUCAGUGCAACCCCCGCCUCCCGGGUUCAAGCGAUUCUCCUGCUUCAGCCUCCCUAGUAGCUGGGAUUACAGGUGCUCACCAUCACGCCCAGCUAAUUUUUUUGUAUUUUUAGUAGUGACGAGGUUUCGCUAUGUUGGCCAGGCUGGUCUCGAACUCCUGACCUCAGGCAAUCCACCCGCCUCAGCCUCCCAAAGUGUUGGGAUUGCAGGCGUGAGCCACCGCACCCGGCAGAUUAGUUUUUUAUGUACACUGCUGGACAAACAGUAUUUUGGACUGACUCAUCGUAGCUUUGGAAAUAUUUGGAUUUUUUAAUAGCUUUAACCUUUCUUGACCAAAAUUCCACUAUAAUGGCUGCUUAGAUUUGGAUGAAAACUCAACAGCUUUAUUUUUUAAAAGUUUGAUAGCUUUAUAAAAGCUUUUUUUAAAAAUUCGGAAUAUGAAAAUAUUUAUGUUUGUAGUUAAGAUUGACCCAAGUGGGACUCUAGAUUGGUGGAUUCCAACAGAAAUAUUUCUUCAGAGAUGAUUAUUAAAUAAUGGGAUGGACUAAAUAAGGUUCCCCCCGCAAAAAAAAAAAAAAAGAAAUAUAUAUAUAUAUAUGAAUUAACUUUCCGGUAAACGAAGCGAAUUCCACGAGGAAUGUAAAGAUGACCAUUUUUGAAGGUAGGAAUUUAAAUUGGGUUUAGAUAGUACAUAACGGGUUAUAGACAAUUUACCCAUAAUCCCCCCUUCCCCCAAGCACUAGGCAGUGAAGUUAGGCUUCUGGAUUCCAACACCACGCUCCACCGCGCGGAACUAUGCAAUCUUGGGUUAGUUACCAGGUCUAAGUUAGGCUUCUGGAUUCCAACUCCACGCUCCACCGCCCGGAACUAUGCAAUCUUGGGUUAGCUACCGGGUCUAAGGCUUCUAGAUUCCAAAUCCACGGUCCACUGCGCGGUAACUACACAAUCUUGGGCUAGUUACCAACUCUAAGACUUAAUUUUGCCAUAUGCAAGAUGGAGAUAACAUCCAACUCCUGCUGUGUGAGGAUUACCGUGAAUCCUUGUAGAAUGUGGCUCAGUGCCGGGGACAUAGUCAGCGCUCUACGGCUUCUGCUAUCAUAACGCUGUUAGUUUCUCUCUUCCUCCUACAUCUAUCUCACCCAAGGUCCUGCGCUAAGCAGGGGCCUCCAAGGUGGGACGCAGCCCUUACUCUAAGGGCCAGCGCCCGCUGGGAAGGCCGCGACCUAACCAGGAGAUUACGAAUAAUGUCAUCAGGGCCACAGCGGAGCUCCUGCCAAGUCAAGCAACUCAUGGAACCAGCGGGGGCGAAGUCCGAAUACCUAGGCAACCCUAUCCUAAAAGUGUUUUUAACGUUCUCAGAUCCUAUAAUAUACCAAAAUAAAGUGGGACCGUAUUCGCAGGCGCCGAGAAACCUUCUCAACCGGAAGAACGAAUCAGGCGCAACGCGCAGGCGCCUUCAGUCGGUCCUGGGUCCGCCUCUUCCGCCCGGUGCGGGCGCCGAUUGGUCCGCGUGGACACAUAAGAGGCUGCGCAUACGCGCGAGAACCCUUUUCCUCAGCUGCCGCCAAGGUGCUCGGUCCUUCCGAGGAAGCUAAGGCCGCGUUGGGGUGAGGCCCUCACUUCAUCCGGCGACUAGCACCGCGUCCGGCAGCGCCAGCCCUACACUCGCCCGCGCCAUGGCGUCCGUCUCCGAGCUCGCCUGCAUCUACUCGGCCCUCAUUCUGCACGACGAUGAGGUGACAGUCACGGAGGAUAAGAUCAAUGCCCUCAUUAAAGCAGCCGGUGUAAAUGUCGAACCUUUUUGGCCUGGCUUGUUUGCAAAGGCCCUGGCCAACAUCAACAUUGGGAGCCUCAUCUGCAAUGUAGGGGCCGGUGGACCUGCUCCAGCAGCUGGUGCUGCACCAGCAGGAGGUCCUGCCCCCUCCACUGCUGCUGCUCCAGCUGAGGAGAAGAAAGUGGAAGCAAAGAAAGAAGAAUCCGAGGAGUCUGAUGAUGACAUGGGCUUUGGUCUUUUUGACUAAACCUCUUUUAUAACGUGUUCAAUAAAAAGCUGAACUUUACUGCUGUUGGUCUUGUCCAUAGUUUGGGAAUGUGCUCUGCAAAAAUGGUCUGUUUUGUAAUGUUGGCUUUCAGCCUAUUCUGCCAUGACACAGGCUGGAUUUUUGCUGCCACCAUUGCCAGAUGUGAGAUUUAGACAAUCCUGAUGCUAACAAGAAGGCAUCUCGUCAUACAGUGUUGAAAACUGCACUGGGGAGGCAGGAGGAAGGAUCAGAGCAGAUGCUUUGUCCAGGUUACCUGUGUAAACUUGAUGAUUAUAAGGUGUGUCCCCUACACUGGGGGUGGAGGGUAAUACAGACCAGCUGUAGAAAGCCACCUGGGUAUUUACCCUAUACAACCCUGCCUAAGAACGAACUUUGACCUAUGCUGAAUGUUGACUGCUACAUCCCAAGGUUGUAAAGAAAGAAGACUUAGCUGUGUAAUGUCUCACCAAAUGUUUGGGAGUUUUAUGGUUAACAUUGAAGGAGUGCAGAAAGUUUACUUAAUAGUUUAUUAAGGUCCCCAGUUAGACAAAGUGGAAAAAAAAUUCAAACCUGUGUUCCAAAAACUAAGAGCUUUUUUUUUUGCCAAUUAAUAAACAUGAAUGGAAAUUUCAA